CAUAUGUUAACCUUUUCGCGCGGCAAAAGUUAUCCAGCAUUUCAUAUAAUAUCGCGCGUGUUUGCCAUCAACCAGCCUAUUUUUUCGCAUAUUUUCCAGUUAUGGGAUUAAAUUUUUGCCCCCGUUGCGGGUAUCGGUUCCGGCCGUAUAUCCACCACGGCCCGCCGCGUGGUCGUGGGGGUCUACGUGUUGGGUGUAGACCAGGACAGGCAAGAGUGCCGCAAGCCAUCGAAGCAAAUGCAGCCCAACAUCCGGGAAUGAUGCUGUGGAUGAAUCAAGUGCCACUGAGAGCAGCUGUACCGCCGAAUGUAGUUGCAUCGGUAGCAGCUUCACCGAAAGUAGCUGCGUCGGAAGCAGCUCCGCCGAAAGUAGUUGCAUCGGUAGCAGCUCCGCCGAAAGUAUCUGCGUCGGAAGCAGCUUCGUAGCCACCAAUUGCGCCGGAGGCACGUCAUCUGUAGCCGUUGCGGUGGCAGCGACAACGUGCACGGUAGCAACUACUGUAGUUGAAGCAAAAUGUUUAAA